AUGAACACAGAGACACCACAAUUAGAUAUCCUCGAGACUUCAAAAGAGAAAUUUGUCAAUCUCAUUUCAGAAUUGAACGAUUCUCAGUUUCAUAGUUUUCAAGAAUUUGUUCAAUCAGCACUUGACGAAUAUCACGGUCAAUUGCAUCACCAUGCAGACGGCGAUAAUGACGAAGACAUGGAAACCGAGCAACAUGACGGCAAAUUUCAACCUGUGAGCGACGCUAAAAUGAUGCGCUUGGGAAGAAUGAUUAAAGAUCUUCGCACUCGUGUUCCUAUUUCUGCUGAAGCUCCUGGUGAAAAGACCACCAUACCCGAUACACCCGAAUUUAAAGGAUUCACAGAGCAAAAUACAGUUCAUGUAGAUGGAUUUUUGUUUUCUGAAGAAGACGUCGAUGAUCUUGUUGAUGAAGGAAAGAUGUCUCGUAAUUACUGUUUGGACUGUGCAUCCAGAAAUGUGGCUCCCCUAAACUUUAUUUCCCAUUCUGCCUCUGUCUUGCAAUUGCAAUUUUUGUACCAAGUAGCAUUGGCUGAUAAAGUCAAGGACAAGGUGAUUGUAGAUGUCGGAUCUAGAUUGGGUGCUGUUUUGUAUUCUGGCCACUUAUUCACUCGUGCCAGUAAACUCAUUGGUGUCGAAAUCAACGAAUGGUUCACUAAAUUACAGCAAGACAUGAUCAAAAAGUACAAGAUGGAUGACCGUGUGCAAGUCAUGUGUAAAGACAUCCAAAGCAUGCCUGAGUUACUGUCUAAAGAAGCAGAUGUUGUCAUCAUGAACAAUGUAUUUCAAUUCUUCAAUGAACUAGCUACACAACAGCAAAUCUGGAAAUUUGUUCGCACAGAAACAAAGAAGAAGCCUGGAUUAUUGCUAGUUACAUUGCCAUCGUUACAAGAACAAUUGAAGGAAGCAGGCAUGUCUGCUUCCAAGUUAAUGCGCGGUUGGGUCAAGGAAAUCAAGUUGGAUUAUGAUGGCGGAUGGUUCCAGGAUCUGAAUGAUGAUGAAUUAGAGGAGAUCAAGCAAGUGCAUCUAUAUAGAGUUGUGUAA